CCGCUUACAUCUUUUACAUUCUUAAAGUAUGCUUCUAAAAAGAAAACAAAGGAAGUACUUAAUUUCCACUCAAAUCAAUUUAAGGGCAUGUUCAAUUCAACUUAAUUUCAAUUCAAUUCAGUUAAGCUCCUAAUUUCUUUAUCUCAUAAAAUAUUCAUUUCAGCUCUAUUCAGUUCAUUUCAGUAAACGUGAAUAGGCCCAAAGUCAAGUCCAUUUCGGAUCAUCCAACUAUGGGUAUGGUCUAAGUUCACAACAAACAUACCUCAUUUGUUUCACAACAGCUGCAUUGUACGGACUUUUUACACUAUUCUCAUAUUAACUUUGUUAUCAAUGAUUUAAUUGUUGUUGGAUUAGAAUAUAUGAGGCAUAAUUUUUUUUAUACUCCAUAUUAAAAUAAAAUUAAAAAAAAAUAUUUAAGGUUAAAAAAACGACGCAUGGUUAAAAUAAUGCAACUAGAAGUACAUAUGGUAAUGGGACAUGCCAAGCGAGCAAGUCAAUCCUCGUACCAACCCUAGCUAAGGCCGAUCUACAAGUUAUGUGUCAGGCUAUGCCUUGUCGUGUUUUUCCAAAACAAAUGUGGUCUCGCCCCAACACGAACAAUACCAUGGUGUGCUAUUCUUUUUUUUUUUUGGGUUUUUCUAUACAGUGGCUCUAAGGUAUUGACUUUUCCAAGCUGUGCCCACCCAUUUUCAAAAUUCUACGAUGUACCCCUAAGGUACCUCUGGUGUUUACGCUGUAACCCUACCCAAAUCCCUCUGUUAACUUUAAAAUAAAUAAUUUUUUUUUUUAAAAAAAACCCAAAAACACCCAAACACCUCUCUCUCCUCCAUCACAAGUACCACCACCGCACCUCCAGCUGCACCACCGCACCAUAGUGUCUCGCCCCUCUCUCCUCGACCCUCCACCGCAUCAUCCUCCUCCCUCCUUCGUUCUCUUUCCAAAUUUUCGACCAUUUUUCGAAAAAAUUUGGGUGUAAUUCGAACAAUCUUGAACAAUUAAACUAUAUUCGUGCAGAUUUUCAUUAGAAAAAUCAAUUAAAACAAGUUUUGUGUAUUUAAUCUCGAUCUAAUUGAACCAAAAUUGAUGAUUUAACAAUUAAAAUCAAAUUAGGGGAAAAGUUAGGGUUUGGUGUCGUUUGAUUGUUGCAGUGGUGCGGGACUGCUGCGGUGGUGCGGGAGGGGAUUGGGGUGGUUGGUAUUCCGAGGUGAGAGGAGAAACUGGUCGGUGGCGUUUGCUUGUUCAUGCGGCUGGUCUGUUUUGGUGCGGUGCAGUGCAGGGAGCAGUUUGGAGUAAGGUUGUGGGUUUUCCGGUGCGGGAGGGGAUUGGGGUGGCUGGUAUUCCAGCAGGCAGUGGGCGGUCGAGGAGAGAGAGGCAGUGGGAGUGCGGCGGUGCGGCUGGAUUAUCGAAAGUGCGGCGGUGCGGCUGGAGGUGUAGUGGUGGCUGGUGGGUAGUUGUGAACUUGUGAGGGAGGAGAGAGAGGUGGUUGGUAUUUUUUUUUUUUAAUUAUUUAUUUUGAAGUUAACGGAAAGUUAACUUAAGAUAACGGAGGGAUUAGGGUAGGGUUACAUCUUAGACACUAAAAGCACCUUAAGGGUACAACGUAGAAUUUUGAAAAUGGGUGGGUACAGCUUGAAAAAGUCAAAUUUCAGGGGCACUAUAUAGAAAAACCUUUUUUUUUUUUUUUUUUUUUUUCUAGCAAGUCAUGUUGUGUCUCGGGUCGGUUCAACCCAGUGCCAUCUUUAAACUUCGUAACACAAUUGAGGUUGGGCCUCCCAUCGCAUAUGUAAGAUUGUAAGAAUGCAACAAAAUCGGCCCAGGCAAGUAAAGUCGGAAUUACUUGCCCAAGUAUCUUUUAUGAAUGAAGAACUAAAAUUUCAUCAAUAUUCUCUGGAAAAAUUAUGAAGCAACAAAAGAAAACUUGAAGCAGUUCAAAGUAGCAGAAAAGAGCAUAAGAAUUUGGAGAGAGAAGAAAAUGGCGUGUUUAAUUGCAGUUAAUUUCUCUCCUUUUCCAAUUGUCUCUUAUUAUUUCAGGGAGCUACAGCCCAAAACAAGUGAUCACCGUGUAGUUUCAAGUCUAUGGUCUAUAAGAGCAUCAUUCAGAGUCAUCUCCUCUGCCUGCAUCAGGAAUCACACCGCUGUACAGAGUCUGUACUCAGGGCACCUGAUUAGAGUACCAUCUAGGGAUUCAUUUGUUCUAUCACCCCUUUAUUCUGAUGUAAGUUACUGUCCCCAAACAUUAACUGGCUACUGGGUUGGACCCGAUACUGAGGAUGGUUGGGGUUUUGUAGAAGCUUUUAUUGAUAUAAUUCUUUGAUUCUUUGUCAGU